AUGAAGGUGGUCGAUUUCGAUUCGCAGGAUGAUGGUGGUCUUCUAGAUGGCGGUGAUGGGAUUCCCCCCGACUGUCAAAAAAAAUUGUUCUGGGGUAGUAGCUGGCCAGAGGAGGCUGAUGAACUUGCCAGGCCAUUCCUUCGUGACGCGUGCAAAGUUGAAGUAGGUUCUCCAGUUCUGAAAGCUACAAUUCCGAUAGACCAAAUUGUUGACAUCGUUGCUGAAGAUCAGAAAUAUAACAAAUUGGUAGGCUUGCUAGGUGAUAUCGCAGAUGGCAGCAGAAUACUGAUAUUCAUGGAAAUAAAGAAAGGAUGUGAAUCAUGUAACCUCCUCGCUCAGAAGCUUUCCAAUGAAGGUUACGCAGUCUCUGUUAAUGAAAACGUAUGUCAAUCGGAUAGGGUCCAGAAUGUCUCUGGGUUUCAAGGUGGCUAUAUCCCCAUAAUGAUUGCAACUGAUGCUGCUGCUCGUGAUCAAGUUCUCAAGAAUGUGAAAUAUGUUAUCAAUUACGACUUUCCGGGAUCCAUUGAUGAUUAUGUUUAUCGCAUUGUCCUUGCCGAGGGGAAAGGAACAGCAUACACGUUCUUUACAACUGCUAAUGCUAGAUGCGCAAAGGAACUUACCAUCUUACUCAAGGAAGCUGGACAGAAGGUUAGUCCUGAAUUGGCAGCACUGGGGCGUGAUGUACGUAUCCAGGUUACAGGUGUUGUUUUCUUUCCAAUGUAUCCGCAUUGUCCCGAGGCUCAAACUGCUGCCAGUUUCGCUGUGGACGAAGUCAACGAAAAAAAGAAACUUCAACUGCAUUUUGUGAGAGUGGUGGAGGCAUACGAAUGCUUGUCCGGCAUUCCUGUUAGAGUAACUUAUGUAACUCUUGAGGCCGCUGAUGGCACGGCUUGUGAAAUGAAUGCUUAUGGAGCAAUAGUUGCAAGCAAUUAUGAUGUUGGGGAAGAAAAGGUGAGUGGCCUUGUGUUGAUGUGUGCGGCCGAAAGAAAGGACAGUUCAGAGAGCAGAAUAAAGAGAGCUCAAUUUCGGUUUGAAGGAGAGAGAGACGUGAGAGCUCUUUGUGGCAGAGAGGAAGAGAGAGUUGCAGAGAGAAAUCAAGAGAGCUAG